CUUUGCUGACUUGGGAGGUGACUGAACUGUCUUCGGUUUGUUGGGCAGAGAGGAACUUCACAGCUGCUACGGGUGUGGUUUUUAACGUCAUAAAUCUUAACGAAGAGAAUAGUGCAUAACAUCACUCACACACUGAACGACUAAAUUAUAACUCAGAGGAAGAGGAGCAACAUAGCUCUGCGUCACAGUGGUUUAUUGAAUUUUGGUUCAUUGCAAAUUGGCAUCGGAAAUCGAUCUGCUCCGCGGUCUUCACAGCUGGAAUACUUUUGCUGAGGUUCCGUGACCCUUUUUCUUGGUCUAAAACGUGAACUUAACUGAUUUUAUUGACGCGCCCUCAAAAUAAAUUGUUGUUACUCAAAGUUUGUGUCCUCGUAAUGACAAACGACAUUUUUUCUGUCGGCUUGGAUAGAAUGUUCAAAAAUAGGCCUUAAACUUGGUUUACAAACGAGGAAACAUCUGGAAUAGAAAAGUGAAUUCGGAUUAAAUUUAAUAAAUCAUUUGGAUGCUGGUUUGUGGGUGAAUCAAACUUAUUUUCCAGUCGUAUUUCUCAAAGAGGAAGUUGCAUUUCUCAACCCCACAACACUGGACUGGGAACUAUUUAAAAAAAAAAAACCACUCACAGAAAUAGAGCCCUAAAUAGGCUACAUCAUUUUUGUGUGAUAUCGUUCCGAUAAACAGCAGUCCUGAAGCGUGCACUUGGAACCAUGGGGUGUACAGUGAGUCAGGAAGAUAAAGCCGCGGCCGAGAGGUCCAAAAUGAUUGACAAAAACCUUCGAGAAGAUGGAGAGAAGGCGGCGAGAGAAGUGAAACUGCUCCUUUUGGGUGCUGGAGAGUCAGGGAAGAGCACUAUUGUGAAACAGAUGAAGAUCAUCCAUGAGGAUGGCUACUCAGAAGAAGAGUGUAAACAGUACAGAGCUGUGGUCUACAGCAAUACCAUCCAGUCAAUCAUGGCCAUCAUCAAGGCAAUGGCUAACCUCAAGAUCGACUACGAAGAGGCCGCUCGAGCGGAUGAUGCCCGCCAGCUGUUUGCCCUCUCAGGGGCUGCUGAGGAGCAGGGCAUCCUGCCAGACGACCUGUCCAACGCCAUGCAGAGGCUGUGGGGCGACGGAGGGGUGCAGGGUUGCUUUACGCGCGCCCGCGAGUACCAGCUCAACGACUCGGCUGCCUACUACCUGAAUGAUCUAGAGAGGAUAGCCAAAGCAGACUACAUCCCCACACAGCAGGAUGUAUUGCGGACCAGAGUCAAGACCACCGGCAUCGUGGAGACACACUUCACCUUCAAAGACCUGCACUUUAAGAUGUUUGACGUGGGUGGCCAGCGUUCUGAGAGGAAGAAGUGGAUCCACUGCUUUGAGGGAGUGACAGCCAUCAUCUUCUGUGUGGCCAUGAGUGCCUAUGAUCUGGUGCUGGCUGAGGAUGAGGAGAUGAACCGGAUGCACGAGAGCAUGAAGUUAUUUGACUCUAUCUGCAACAACAAGUGGUUCACAGAGACCUCCAUCAUCCUGUUCCUCAACAAGAAGGACUUGUUUGAGAAGAAGAUCACCCACAGUCCCCUGACCAUCUGCUUCCCAGAGUACUCUGGUCCCAACAAAUUUGAAGAGGCACAGGCCUACAUCCAGACCAAGUUUGAGGACCUGAACAAGAAGAAGGACACCAAGGAGAUCUACAGCCACUUCACCCAAGCCACCGACACCAAGAACGUUCAGUUUGUCUUCGACGCCGUCACCGACGUCAUCAUCAAGAACAACCUGAAGGACUGUGGUCUCUUCUAGAGCGAAGCCUGAGGAAGAGUCAAGUCUUCCCUCAGAUUACUUGAACAGCUCUGAUGACCAGAAGGAAGGAUGGGGAAGACAGACUGCACUGGCCAACCACGAUUUCUGCUUUUAUCUGCUUUUUUUAAAGACACCUAAGAGACUGAGAACUCGGAGAGCCUUGCAGAAUUUCAACGAUUGCUGAUCCAGUUGCUCAUAAUUGUUAACUCUUUCAGCUAAGACCUUGAAUCAAACAUUUAUUGUCUUUUUUGUUUUGUUUUUCUUUGUUUAUUUUCAAUUAUUCGAGGAGAAAAUGGAAAAGUUUUUAUUAAAUGCUUUCAUGUUACUUUACAAAAUCUAAUGUGCAAAUUCCAUUAAACUUUUAAUCACAUAAGGCAUAUUUUUUUAAAGAAGCACAGGCAUGAAUAGAGAAUAUGAAUCGAAAAGGGAGUGCUUUUUAAAAUAAUGUUUACAUAUGUUCCUCAUUCAUAGCUGAACCGCAUAUUGUUCAUGCAUGACACAAGAUAUAUUAGCUCUGUAAUCUGCACAGAAUAUUUUAACAUUCCUUUUAGAAAAUCGAAAUAAAAAAAUAUAGAAAAGUAAAAACGAAAAAAAUCUUCACAACCAGGGGAAAGAAUAGCAAAAAUUCUAACUGAUAUUUAAAAUGUGUACUUAACAUUGUUGUUUUUUUUAAGUACCAUUUACAUAUCUUUUGCAGUAUGUUUGUGCCUACACUUCAGUUUACAACUGAUUCUUAGAUAUACUUUUUCAGUACUGUUUGACCGACUGUAUGCAUACAUUUUUCUUCCAUUUUCGUCAAACCAUCUUAAGGAUAAAUAGUUCAUAAGGAAAGACAAAAUCUAAUUGAGAGAGAGGUUAGGGUUUGUGGUCAAUUUUUAAAUGCUUUAAAAGUCCUUAUGAUUAUUUAAUUUAAAUAAAAAUAGCACCUGACACACUUGCUUGUGUUUUCCUACA